AUGUCAGAGAAAAAAUAUGAAGAAGGCGUCGAUCCAGUCACAUUUUUUCGCGAGCAAUGUGCACUUGAAAAGAAAGCAAUUAAUUUGAAGGAAAUACUCGAAACUUGUAAUGAACGUGUCCGAGCCAAUCCUGAUUCUGGGGAAUCUUGCCAUAUGGAAAUGACCGACUAUGUUCACUUUCUCGAUCAUUGUGCAAUGCCUAAAGCUUUCAAACAUUUGAAAUGA